AUGGUGAGUGUGAAGGGACGACCGUUGUUACUCAAGACAAUGGGGAGGGUGAAGGGACGACCACUGUCAUCAGAUACGAAGGAGUACCACUGUCACCAAGUGUCAGCGAGGUGGAGACUGUCAUUGGGUGUUAACCAGAUAGGGGUUGGUCUGAGUACAAGUGAAUGGAGGGGGUCUGACGUGGCUUCACUGUGGAAGGUAGACGCGAGACCCCCAUCUCUCAGUCUCUCCGGGUGCCGAGGACGCGGUGUGGAGAAUCUUUUGAUCCUGGAUCCUUGUAUACGUCCAGAUGACGUGGACACGCGGAAGAACGCAGGUGGAUGUCUUGUGAGAAUGGAGUAUCUGGAAAAUUACGGAUGGAUCUUCCUCAGUGAUACAGGCCGUUGUAUCUUCGGUCACGGAGGUCCGCAGGUACCUGGAACACUGCCCACCUUGAAACUCAACAUUGCCAAAGAAGGAAUCCAGCAGGAAACCGAACGACCACAUGAAUUGUGCAUCACCCUUCAGACAACGACACUGCGUGAGGACGACCUGAGGGUAAACGAUGACUUCUCGGCACGACUUCGAGGUCCUGUAGAGUACGACGACCCACGGCUGCUGAGCUUCAUCCGUCACGACCACCUGGAUCCGCCCUCUGACCUUGCCGACGGGGACAUGUACCACCACCUGCUGGGGAAGCACCGCAGGGCCUGGACCAGCCACGCGUGCCUGGCCCUGAACCCCUUCCCCCACCACGAGAUCCUCGUCAAGUACUCCGAGAGCAGGAACAACCUCCCGGGCUCCAAACGCGAAUCGGGCCGCUACGUGGCGCUGUACGAGCCCGUGCAGUGCCUCCCGCUGGCGUCCCUCCUCCUCGCGCUCAACGUGUCCCACGUACACUUCGUGUCGCUGGACGUCGAGGGCGCCGAGCCCGCCAUCCUCCGGUCCUUCGCCUGGGACGCCAUCACGGUGGACGUGUGGCUGGUCGAGCACAUCACCAGGGAGGACGCUGCUGACAGCGAAAGCGGCCCCGCAAACCGAGGCCAUUCGUCCAGCCCCAUGCAUGCAGGGUCGCAGGACUUCGUCAACCUCUUCCUCUUCCCGGGGGUACGCGCCCUACCCGAUGCCCGGGGGCGACCUGGAGGGAAAUUAUAUCUUCGUCAGAAAAAAAUCUGACGUUUACAAAAAACUGUUGAAGGAGAACGGCAUUCUGUAA